GUCUUUUCGCGGGAAGUUACUUUCGCUUUGCCUGGCAUCACAACAGCAUAAGACUCUUCUGACAGUAGCGUUUGACUGUUUUCUGUACAAAAACCUUCUGUCUGUGUAUAUAUGACUUAGUUCACUAUCGAGACAUCUAAUUAAGUGUUUAGCUAGCGGUUUAUAUUCAUCUGGGCUUUGACGUAUUUAUGUUUCAUCAUGAGCUGUUUGCUGAUGAGAGAAAGCCCUAUGAUCAUUGCGCUUAAUAAGGAGAAGACAGUCUAUGACGGGUUCAUCACAGUGCUGGAAAAAGACUUCAGGAUAAGAAUAUCUCUACCCCCUGAUCAUCAGAUGAAACAGGCAAAAUUACAUUGUUGUUGGCAAAUGAAACGGCUACUUCAUGGUUAUCAACAUAUUUUGAAGCAGAGAUUACAGCAUUCAACUAAUCUGAUGGCCUUUAUCCUGGAACUCAGAACAGUAUUGGAAGUGGCGUUAAAGAGCCAGCCAGGAUGUCAGUCCUUCUCACCACCCCAGUAUUAUUCCCAGCUGAUAACAGAGAUGGAGAUCUUAGGAUGGGAUAAGCUGCUCUUCAUCGAUGCAGAGUUCCGCACACUCAAGAUGAAGGCAGAGGACUCUGCAGGGCGUCAGCACGCUAUUACAAUCAAGCUCAAGUCCAAGUAUCCAGCUGAGGCCCCAGAGUUUUCUGCAGAUCUUCCUGUUCCACUAAUCAUCACAUGGACCUCUCAGAGCACCUUGGCCAGUGUCCACAGUCAGUUCCUGAUAAACGUUGAGGCGCUGUCCGAGUUCUGGUCGGUGCUGGAUGAGAUAGAUGAGCAGACGUGGGUGUUGGAACCAGAAAAACCCACAAAAGCAGACUCCACGAGAAGGAUCGCCAUCGGAAACAAUGUCUCAAUAAAGGUGCAAAUUGACCCCAGACACCCCAAAAUGCUGCCAGAGUGCUGUUUGCUCGGGGCUGAGCACGUUGUCACUCCUUUACGGAAUAAAUUGAAUGCCAAUAUGCAUUUAUGGAACCCUGACUGCAGUGUCCUACAGAAUAUGAAGGAUGUGUUGGAGAUAGAAUUUCCAUCGCCUACCACCCACGAAAAAUCUAGUUUCAGUGUUGAAUGUGGCAUCUGCUACUCUUAUCGACUUGAGUCAGACAUUCCAGAUCAGGUCUGCAAUGACCCACGCUGCGGCCAGCCUUUCCAUCAAGUGUGUCUUUAUGAGUGGCUGAGAGGUCUACCCACCAGUCGCCAAAGCUUCAAUAUUGUGUUUGGAGAAUGUCCUUACUGCAGCAAGCCCAUCACUGUGAAAAUGGUCACAGGAAACGCUUAAAAAGAGUCUGUUCCUUCAGAGCAAAGGUCAUGUGGCGUUACGGCUCCAGUAAGGAUAAUACCAACAACCAACAACAGUCAAUAUCAUAACAAGAAGGAAGAUCAACAUUAUUUUAAUGGGCCAUUUACUCUGAUUUUUUGAUUUUCCAAAGCCAUUUCUGUGAUGGUACAGAGUCCAUUCAUUUUCCAAUCCACAAACAUCACUUCCCCAGCGGUCUCCAUCAUCAUCAUAAGUUUCCUCCCAUUGGUUUUGAUGCCGGCUGUGUUUCCUGGUGUAGUUCCUCCAGUAGUCGACUUCACUGCUGGGUACUGCAUAGUCAUCAUUUAGUGUUUGAGUGCGUUUUUGCUGGUUCAAAUAGUGACGGUUUUGUUUUCCCCUCAUGGUCAUCCAGGUCUUGCCCUCAUAAACUUCCGCGUUCCUCUUUUCCUGUGUUGUUGGAGCAAAUUGUAUCUUUUGACAUUAUAAGAAAUAUAAAUGAGAGAUAUUGGAUCUGUUAAUGCACUUUUGUAUCAAACAAUAAUCAUUGCAAAGCAUAUUUGUAUUUCCUAUGACUUUUGAUGUGCUUAAUACAUUGAUCAAUUUGAAGUGAAUGACUGACUGUGGUCUAUUUGUCAUUUGGCCUGUGCUCUGCUGUUGGUUUUACUUGUUCGUGUUCUUGUCUCUGCCGUGCUCCUGCUCUUGUUCUAGGAUGAACUCGUGGAGGGAGGGGCUCAUCUUCAUCACUGAGGUUCUCAUCACUUUCUUCAGGCAUAAACUUUUGCCUAUCACUUCUUUUUGCAGCAAUGUCAGCUUUGUUUGGUCUCUGUAAAGAUGACACCAACAAUUAAUUUAAAUGAGAGUGUAUGAUAACACUAUAUUCAUAUACAUAUAUAUAUAUAUAUACGAGGACUUCCAAAUAUGAUGAUCACUUUGUGAGAGACCCUCUUCCUAAUAUAUGUAAUGGCAACUGUACUACCGUUCAAAAGUUUGAGGUCAGUAAAGUGACAGUAAUGACAUUUAUAAUGUUACAAAAGGUUUUUAUUUGAAAUAAAUGAUGUUCUUUUGAACUUUUCAACACUGAUAAUCAAUAAAGUUUCCUGAGCACCAAA